AUGGCGGGCUUCGCGCGCAGCUGGUCCUUGCUCGGGGCUCCCUUUGGGUCCCGGAGGAUGCGGGAGGCGGUAGACGACGCGCAGAGUCUGCUCAAGAAUUUGGAGUCUAGUGCACAGACGCUGUCCGAAGCCGGCUCCCCGCCCAGGAGGAGGAAGAGAGAGGCGCGGGCCUCAAAGGAUGCAGAGGCUCUGGACGAACGCGAGCCGUCCUUCAACAGCAACGUGACAGCAUUCGCACUGAAGGCGAAAGUCGUCUAUCCCAUCAACCAGAAGUUCCGGCCUCUGGCCGACGGCUCCUCCAACCCGUCUCUGCACGAAAACUUAAAGCAGGUAGUUCUGCCCAACCAGCCGGUGGAGGCGUCGCCUUGCAGCAGCCUGGGGAGCCUGAGCCAGGCCGAGAAGGACGAGUGCAGCUCCUCGUCCAGCAUCCACUCGGCCGCCAGUGACGACAGGUUCCUCCGCCGCACCUUCCUCCGCAUCCACAGCUUCCCCGAGGCCCUGACCUGCGAGAGCGCCGACCUUGACCUAUGCAUCUAUCACCUCCACUUAAAAGACCUGCUCCAGCUGGACGCGGCGCUGAGGCAGGACGAGCGCUUGAUGUUUAUUCAGAUCUUUAAAAUGUGCCUCCUUGACCUCCUUCCGAGAAAGAAGCCUGAUGACGAAUUCUACCAGAAGAUUCUUUCAAAACAGGAAAAUGAUUUGGAGGAAUUAGAAAAGGGACUUCGGGUCAGGCUGUCAGACGCGGAGACGCUGGGCGCCGGCGACUCCCAGUACAUCACGCUGGCGGACGUGGAGAAGAAGGAGAGGGAGGACGCCGAGCAGCUGAUCGAUAACAUGGACGCCUUCUGGAGGCAGAUGGAGAGCAUCCCGCAAGGCCUCCUGGACCAGUUCAAGUGUCCCAGCGCCAGAGCGCGCCAGCUGGGGGCGGCCCUGACGGCCAGAAUGAUCGCUGCGGAGGGGCUGCUGCGGGACUCCCAGGACCUGCAGGCGCUGGACCUCCUGGAGAGAACCAUGGGCCGCGUGCACAUGGCGAAGACGAUCGAGUUCCUGAGGCUGCAGAUCCAGGAGGAGACCAGGUGCCGGCUGGCCGCCAUCUCCCGCAGCCUGGACCUGCUGGCCGCCCAGGGCCGGCUGUCCGCGCGGCAGAAGGAGGAGCUGCUGACCCAGCAGCACAAGGCCUUCUGGGAGGAGGCCGAGCGCUUCAGCCGGGAGUUCAUGCAGCGAGGCCAAGAGCUGGUCCAGGCGUCCCGGGCUCGCCAGGCGGAGGGCACGGCGCAGCUCAUGCGGGCCCAGGAGGAGGAGCGGAGGGCCUUCCUGGCGGAGGCGCAGCUGACCGCCAGCCCCGAGGAGCUCCUCCAGGCUUUUCACGGGGUCCUGGAGCGGCAGAGGGUGACGCGCAGUGACCUGGAGGAAGAGGAGAACUUCAGGGCCACCGAGGCCACGGCGGCGCUCUGCCAGGUACGUGGCCCCCAGGCGGGGCGGGCUGAGAGCCCUCAGGACCUGGGUGUGCGUGAGGACCGCACAUCCUCCUGGGACGCCGCCCUGCAGCUGGGGAACGUGGAUCGCUUCCGCCGACAGCAGUGGAGGCUGUCCCAGGACCUCCUGGAGCACGAGCAGCAGGUGUGGAUGGAGGAGCAUGCCCUGUCCACUGUGCUGCAGACACACCUGCGGGACGACCACGAGAACGCCAUUCACUGCAUGCUGGGCCGGCUCGGGGGCCUCAGUGAAGAGUCUGCACGGUGCCUGCUGCAGGGGCACGAGCUGCUCCUGCGCUCCGCCCUCCGGAGGCUGGCUCUCCGUGGCCAGGCCGUGGCUGCCCUGGUGCAGAUGGCCAGAACCCUGCUCUCCCACGUCCUGGUCCUGCAGAUGCGAUCCCUGCAGGGCCCCAGCGAGGCUCCUCCCUCUCCCUGCCUGUCCUUCCAGGAGGCCCGCGUGCUGGAGGAGACCGGCCGGCUGGAGGAGGAGGCACAGCUCACGCGGCUGCAGCUGCAGCAGCAGCUCCUGGCCGAGGCGCAGGAGGUGGGCCGGCUCCUGCAGCAGCACACGGAGCGGGCUGUGGGGCAGGCACUGCUGGGGCACGCGCGGACCGCCGCCACCAGGAGCCGGAUCAAGGACAGGGAGGACUUCAAGAGGACGCUGCUGGAGGCGGCCGUGGAGAGCGUGUACGUGACCAGCGCGGGCGUCGGUCGGCUGGUGCAGGCGUACAACCAGCAGGUUGGGAGGGCCAUGCGGGACCACGCGGAGCGCAGGCUGGAGCACCUGGAGACCCUGCAGGGUGAGAGAAGGGACAGUUACAAGCUGCGGAAAAAGCAGGGGCUCGGCGACCCUCCGGAGGGCAAGGAGGCGGGUGGAACUCAUGAAGCGCCCCAAGGCGUCCACCAGAGGAUGCGGGCGCAGCAGAAACGGUUCCUGGCCCAGUUCACGGCCCACCAGCGCACCCGCCUGGACACGUGGCAGCAGAGGGCGCGGGGCCUGGACCUCCUGGAAGCCCAGCUGGAGACGCAGCUGCAGGAAGCUGAGCAGAGCUUCAUCGCGGAGCUGGCGGCCUUGGCCCGGGUGCCCCUUGCCGAAAGCAAACCGUCUUCGAGUAAGCGGGGCCUGCCAGAGAAGCCCCUAAGGACCAAACGGAAGAAGCCGGCGCUCCGGGACCGAGGGGAUCUGGGGGGGCCCAGCAACGAAGAGCCUGCCUCCGGGGAGCACCCCUCAGGAUCGCUCAGCCCAAGGCCCAGCCAGCAGGAGGGCGACGCUGGUGCCGGGGAGGACCCCAGGAAGCUGCUGAAGAGAAGGAGCAACUUGUAGUCUAAGGCCUGUCCGUGGGGCGGAACCUGAGGUCUGAGUGCCUGCCCCGCCCCCGCCUUGUGAGACUGAGAAGGGACCGCCCACCUGGGGGGCUCCCCAUGCUCACAGGCCUGGUGUGGGGGUGGAGAUGGAUGCUCAUGUGCUUGAAACAGUGCAUGUUUCAGACCCUGUUGCUCGGACAAUGAGACGCCCAGGGCUGGACGCCGCC